AUGGAUGUUUUGUGUUUAAAGGCGGGGAUUCAGGGAAUUUCGCCGCCAAUAUCCGUCACGGGUUAUGCGGGGAUGGAUGUUCUAACAAGCUAUCCUUCUCAGAUCAGUGCCAGUGGAAGACCGUCGGAGAAGUCGGUGGCGGCGGCGGGAGCGCAGCGAAGGAAUUUUCCGUGGGGUUUUACUUUCAGGGACCCACUUAGAUCUCUUUGGACUGGAGGUAAAAAUCGGUGCGAGCCGGCGAUCGCGGUUGACGACGCCGUUUUGGUGGAGGAAAAUGAGGAGAUCAAAAUGAAAGAGAGAGAGAAAGAAGUGCAGAAUGGGAAUUGGGUUUUCAAGAUUUUGCAUGUUAGGUCCUUGUGGAAGGAAGUAGACGAGAGAGAGGACAAAUUUGUUGAAGAAAUUGGGACCAAAUUGGAAGAAGAGGACAAAAUUGGGGCAAUGGACGGAAAAUAUAAUGGUUAUAGUGAGAAUGAGGAUUGCUGUGAAGAGCAUGGAGAAUGUGACGUAUGUGGGAUUGAUGAAGAAAAUGACAAUAAAAUUGAAUUUGAUAGAGAAUCGUUUUCAAAGAUGCUUCAAAAGGUGCCAUUGGCUGAAGCUAGAUUAUAUGCCCAGAUGUCUUAUUUGGCAAAUUUAGCUUAUUCGAUAACCCAAAUUAAGCCAGGGAAUCUCCUGAGAUACCAUGGACUGCGUUUUGUAACUUCUUCAUUGGAGAAGAAAAACCAGCUAUUGAAAGCUGAGGACGAGAAGGCGGCGGGGACUGAAGCUAAUGAAGCAUUAGGAAAUAUAAACGUAAGCAAGGAGAAGAUGAAUGGGAAAAGAGUUAGUGCAUCUGCUGCUUAUCAAAUUGCUGCCUCUGCUGCCUCAUAUUUACAUUCUCAUACGAAGAGCAUUCUUGGCUUCAAGUCCUCGAAAUCUGCAUCGGAAGAAAAUUUUCUUGAAGAAAUAAGUGGAAGAACAGAUGAUGUCGAUAUGACAAACCAAGACGUAGCUUCAUUAGUGGCAACCACUGACUCGGUGACAGCAGUAGUUGCCGCAAAGGAGGAAGUAAAGCAGGCUGUUGCAGAUGAUCUAAACUCGACUCGCGCAUCACCUUGUGAGUGGUUUGUAUGCGAUGUUGAUGAGAGCGCCACUAGAUUCUUUGUCAUUCAGGGAUCCGAGUCAGUGGCAUCAUGGCAAGCAAAUCUACUCUUCGAGCCUGUUCAUUUUGAGGGAUUGGAUGUGCUUGUGCAUAGAGGCAUAUAUGAAGUUGCGAAGGGAAUGUAUGAGCAGAUGUUGCCUGAAGUUCGUGCUCAUCUAAAAUCUCAUGGAGAUCGGGCCACAUUCCGUUUCACGGGACACUCUCUUGGCGGAAGUUUAUCAUUGCUUUUGAAUCUCAUGUUGCUGAUAAGAGGCGAAGUGCCCGUUUCUUCAUUACUUCCUGUUAUAACUUUUGGUGCCCCAUCAAUUAUGUGUGGAGGUGAUCGACUCCUGCACGACCUUGGAUUACCUCAAAGUCAUAUUCGGGCAAUUUCAAUGCACAGAGACAUUGUUCCUCGAGCUUUCUCUUGCAAUUAUCCUAAUCAAGUGGUGAGGUUUCUCAAGGCUGUCAAUAGGAACUUCCGCAAUCAUCCAUGCCUGAAUAACCAGAAGCUCUUAUAUGCUCCAAUGGGAGAGUUUUUACUUCUUCAGCCAGACGAGAAUUUUUCUCCGACCCAUGAUCUUCUUCCUUCAGGCAGUGGUCUUUAUCUGUUGAGUUGUCCGGUUUCUAAUGUCAUUGAGGCAGAGAAGCAGAUCCGAGCUGCUCGGGAAAUGUUUUUGAACUCGCCACAUCCACUUGAGAUAUUGAGUGAUCGUUCUGCAUAUGGUUUGAAAGGAUCCAUUAAAAGAGAUCACGACAUGAAGUCGUACUUCAACUCCGUUCGGAAUGUUAUCCGUCAAGAGCUCGACUCCAUAAGAAAAGUCCAGAAAGAACAGCGCCGCAAAGUUUGGUGGUCACUUUUGGAACCAGAGGGAGUAAAUGGCGGUAUCGUUGUGAGUAGGCCUAUCGCAUCAGGUAAUAUUGGCCGGGGUCAGUUCCAUUUCUCUGGCGCGUUUCAGGCUGGGAGAGAGUCUUUGAAACGGUGUAGUCGGCUAGUUGCAUCUCAGCACAUGCAUUUGCUGGUUGUGCUCUUAUUGCCUGCCAAAUUUUUAAUAUUGAGGACAUAUAGCUUGAUCAGUAUUCAUUGA